CGAGUGAUUAUAUUUUUCAUAUUUUUUGUUCAAUUUCCUUUAGUUUUUUUUAACAACACAUUUCAUUGAUUACACUAUAAACAAACUGAAGAAUUUACGGUUGAUUACAGGAAAGUGGCAACGUGUAAGUCUUAGCUCGAGUUGUAUAAUUACUCGGUCUCAGUAAUUUAGUAGACUGUAUGAUAAUUGCAAAAUAAUCUUGGUCGCAUGGUAUAUCAGUCACAGUGCCGCUGUUAGAAUGGAUGGCUUAUCAUUGAAAGAUAUCUUAGCAGCCACCGCUACCAUAUCAACAGUAUUACAAUUUUCAACUGGAUCGAUAAUUUGUCUGAGAUAUAUCAGAAAGAAGUCGACAGGGGAAACAUCUGGUUUUCCAUUUGUUUCCGGAUUUUUAUCUUGCUUCCUGUGGUUGUAUUACGGCAUUAUUACAAGAGAACACACCUUAAUCUUCGUUAACACAAUUGGUUCAGUAUUAUUUUUUUCUUACAUUGUAACUUAUUUUAUCUUCUCCGUAAAUAAGGGUGCAGUAAUACGGCAAACCUCCGCGGCUUGCAGUUUUAUUUUAGCAUGCACCAUCUAUUCCAACUAUGAAGCUGAAGUAGAGAAAGUUGUUAAAGUAAUAGGCUUGAUAUGCUGUUGCGUUGGUGUUUUAUUUUUCGCAUCACCUUUGACGAAGCUUGCACAUGUGAUUCGAUCAAAAAGCACGGAAAGUCUUCCAUUUCCAAUUAUUAUUACUUCGUUUUUUGUUUCACUGCAAUGGUAUAUUUAUGGAUUGCUCAUUGAAGAUGGAUUCAUACAGAUUCCUAAUCUUCUUGGCUGUAUUCUAUCGUCGAUUCAGUUAUUGCUUUAUGUUAUAUACCCAGGUCGAUCCCGUUAUCAAGCACAAAGUGGUCCUGCAUAUCAACCAUUAAGACAUGAAAAUGAAGUUCCUUAAAAACGAGAGGGAGAGUCUUAGUAGAGCUAAAUAUUAGGAUAGUGUUUUUAAAUAUAGAAGAACUUUGCACAGUUGUCUGGAAUGAAACGUAUGGAAAAAUUUUGGUUUUUUGUUGAAACUACAAGCAAGUUAGCUCUAUAUUGACUAAGAAUAGAAAGCGGUGAUAAAAAUUUAAAUAAGGUGCUCCUAGAUUCGCUAUACAAUUUUCUCAGAUGCACCCUAUGCUAUGCCCUCAAAAAUUUAAUUUUCAACGUGAGACUUUGUUAUCUUUAACAAAGUAGUUCAUAAUAAAUUUCUUUUGAAGGUAGUAAAUAUGUUACUUUCAAUCAAACAUUAUUUUUACGGUUUAUAAAAAGUUGUAAACUACUCUAACGUUUUGACCGUAAAUGAUUUGAGACAAUAUAAGCUAACUCCUAUAUGAUUAUUUCAGUAAAAUAUCAAAAGACAUUGAUUACCAUUUUGAAAUGUAUUGCAUUAUGGUGGCACAGUUUAUUUGACCAAACUGUUGAAGCUCUUUGGAAUAUCGUCGCAAUUACAAUCUUAAAAUUACAGCUAAUACCGAUAGUGCAAAAUAACGAUUCGCUGGUUACUGUAAAGUUGCUAUCACCAAAUGGCAUUAGAAAAUUAAAGGGGACAGAUAAACCAACUCUCAAUGCAGUUUCCUAAUAACAACUUAAGUUUCAUUACACUCUCAUUAUGGUUUCGAUGGUCAAUUCUGCCGUUAAAAGUAUUUAAUAAAACCUGGGUUAUUACAUAUUAUAAGGCAAACUGACUUAAUCAUCAAAAUCGAACGCAUGUCCAUGGAUUAACUUAAAAUAUCAGAAAAGUUUAUGCAGAUCCGUUGAUACAAAUUAGUUCACUAAUCAAGGAAAAAGUGGGUUUAUGGAGAUCUAGAUUAGUGUAUAACUAUGUAGACAUGGUAGGAUUCUGAUAAAAUGGCAGAGGUUUUCUAGAAUCGCUAUUUCCACCAAUGCCAAGAUGUUCACGAAUCGAAAUAUCGAUAGUCUUCUGGGUCAAAAAUGUGGUUACCAUAAUAAACAGUCAUUGUGAUAAAUUUUACAUAAAAAUACAAAGUGAUACAAAUUAUUUGUAGUCAAUAAAUAU